UUUACCAACAGCAAGUACGAAAACGUGAACAAGAAUUUUAGUAAUCGGUCUCGAAAGGUCGCUGCUAUCCAUAUAGCCGUAUCAGAGAUGUCACCUGAUGAAUUAGUCUACCUGGGUGUCCUUGCCGGCUCCAUACCCAUCGGACUCCUCUUUCGCCACCUGAGUCCUCCAGGAAAGCAGGGGGCAGCAUUGUUGUUGGGACUGGUCAUCACCAUAGCAACCUGUUGGAUCCACUCUCUUCAUUCUCUGGUGACCAUUUUAGGAACGUGGAUCAUUAUAAAAUGCAGCUGGAGACAUGCCCCGGCCCUCUCUCUGGGCUGGACGUUUUUGUAUCUCCUCUUCUUCCGAUUGGCCACCUGGUUUGGGCUGCCCUCCCCCACCCCAUUCGCCAACGCCAUUCAGCUCCUGCUCACGCUAAAGUUGGUCAGUUUAGCCAACGAGGUUCAGAGCUUUCACCUAGAGAAGAAAAAAGACGUGAGCUCAUUCUCCAAGUCACAAGUGAUUGGCAGGCUUUCACAUGAGCCCUCCCUCUAUGAUGUCAUAUCCUACAGCUACUGCUAUGUUGGUUUGAUGACAGGUCCGUUUUUCCGGUAUCAGACCUAUGCGGACUGGCUGCAGCAGCCCAGCCCCCAGUCUCUGCCGUGCAUGGAGCCCUGCCUGCAGAGACUGCGGCUGGUGCCCGUCUACGCUGCUCUCUUCUUGGCCGUCAACGCCGUCUUCCCCCUGGCCUACGUCCUCACCGACGAUUUCCUGGAACACAACUUCUUUUACAGGUUCUUUUACAUGAUCGCCGUGUUCUUCGUGUUCCGGAUGCGGUUCUACUCGGCGUGGUGUGGAGCAGAGGCUGGCUGCAUGACCGCAGGACUCGGCUGCUACCCAGAGGGGGCGCUCUCCAAACCCGGGGGAGGUCCCACCGUCCAGUACAGCCCUGAGCCAGGAGCUGCGGUGGUGUAUGACUUUAAGACCGUCCAGAACAUUGACUGCUAUAACACAGACUUCUGCGUGAAAGUCCGACAUGGGAUGCGUUACUGGAACAUGACUGUACAGUGGUGGCUUCACCACUAUAUUUACCCUAACGCACCUUUCAAAGCCUACGCUCUCCGGGCUGGUUGGACUAUGCUGAUAAGUGCUUACUGGCACGGACUGCAUGUGGGUUACUAUCUCUCUUUUCUCACCAUCCCCCUCUGCAUCGCCGCGGAAACGGCCAUGGAAGCCUCAGUGAGGUCCCGCCUGGGUCCAGGGGGCCAGAGCGUCUUCGACUGGAUCCACUGGUUCCUCAAGAUGAGGGCCUACGACUACAUGUGCAUGGGUUUCGUUCUUCUCAAAGCCGGGGACACCAUCCACUACUGGAGUACCAUCUAUUUCAUCAUCCACGUCAUAGCGGUGGCGUGUUUGGUUAUCGGCAGGGUCGCGAAAGGAAAGAGGAGAGAGAAAAAGGAAGGAAGUGAAGGAGAGAAGCAAAGGGAUGAGAGAGAGGUGAAGAAAGAGGAUGUGGUCAGAGAAAAAGCAGAAUAA